AUGAUUCGUGGUUUCGAUUUUAGUAGAUCAAUGCCAGAUACGGAGGGCAGUUCCUUGAAUCCUUCUGUUCCUUUUGUCCUGCGCGGUUCCUCAUCAGUGUUCUCGCGACGUCAGCUUGACACAUUUGGCAGCCUUCAAGCCUUAGAAGAUGCACACAUCAAGGUUACCAAGGCAACUAAAGCCGAGCGGUUAUUGGUUAAAAAAAUGGCUUGGCGUCUAGUUAAACCUGCUGUGGAAUCGCUAGCAGCUGAAAAAGAGGCGCGGGACCGACGAAAUGCGUCCAGCGAGGUUUCGAAAAAUCCUUUCAAGGUCCCAACUUUGCUUCCACCACGUGUGUCCAAAUUACGUGGUAGCGGAAGGCGCACUGCUCACCAGUUUACAGAAGUGCCUCGCCGUGACCCCUCGAAGUGGACUCAUUAUAGCCUCGCAGACGUUGAUGAAGAUGCCGGACUAGGUGCAAAUGCUAACCGUAAAAUUGCUUCUGACUUGAUGCGCGAAUUGCGACGUCAGCGUGACGAAUUGGAGGGUAAUGUGAAUGGUCCACCACCGAGCAGCGAUGCCGCACUACCAGGACGAAUUCUCUUCCGUUCGGUGUCUGGGAAGAAGCGAGCUCGUCUUGACACGUCCAAUUUAUUGUUGUCCUCUGUGCCCACUGUGAAUUCCAAGACCCUUAACGAAGAUGAAGAGGAAGAGGUGCUCUCAAGCAGCGAUAACCGCACCACUUUUGACGAACAAUCUUCCACAUCUGGCACUGUUACAUUUCGAACACGGAUGCAACGGAGACGUCAGUGUUUUGGACGGCUCUCUGCUUCCACUUUGAAAGACAGUGACGAGGAAGUUGAUAAGAGCGAAUCUGUGUCAAUUUCUUCUGUUGCUCUAGAAGGUGACAAUUCUAGCGAUAUCGCUGCUGAAGAUAGCGAUAUGGAUGAUGCCGCGAUGGAGGAUGGUCUAGAAGGUGUGUAA